AUGAAGAAUGUCAACAACAGCAACACAAGACUCAUCCUCCUCCACCCGUACAUCCAGAAGCAGGGAAGCUCCAACCGCCUAUGGCUCCUCGCUUUCAUCUCCUUCUUAACCACAGCCUUCGUCGUCACCCUCAUUUACACCAGAGAGUAUUCCACAACUGCCGUCGCCUCCGCUGCCACCACCACCUUUUCCCCCACCACGACCGCCUAUAGCAACGCGCCUCUGCCAUCGACCGUUAUCAACACCCUCCUUCACUAUGCAUCCAAGUCCAACGACUCUUUCCGCAUGUCCUACCCCGAGCUCAAGCCCAUCUCGGACGUCCUGAGGAAAUGCUCCUCCCCUCGCAACUUCCUAGUGUUUGGCCUCACUCAUGAGACCCUCCUCUGGAAAGCCCUCAACCAUCACUUAGAAGCGAAGUACUGCAUGGAUGAAUUUCACUAUACCAUCGGGUGA